AUGUCUGAACUAUUUAACCCAAUCGGCGAGAAAGUCGAGAAGGCGGUGCCUAUCUCAGAUGCAAACAACACAAAUGAAGAAGUCCCAGAGGGCGACGAGAGAGUAGUUGACGAGGUCGAGUCUCUGUGCAUGAGCUGCGGCGAGAACGGGACGACGCGCAUCCUCUUGACCAGCAUCCCGUAUUUCCGCGAAGUGAUUCUAAUGUCCUUUGCGUGCGACAAAUGCGGUUACCACAACAACGAGGUGCAGUCCGCCGGCACCAUGCAGCUGAAGGGCGUGCACUACGAGCUUCGCCUGACCUCGAUGAGCGACUUUGACCGCCAAGUUGUCAAGUCUGACACGGCAACAGUGAAGUUUAUCGAACUGGAUGUUGAGGUGCCCGCCGGCAGAGGGCAGCUUACCGACGUCGAGGGCCUGCUGUCCACAAUCGUCUCGGACCUCGAAGACGGACAAGAGACGCGCAAGGACCAAUCACCCGAAGUCUACACCAAGCUCGAGGCGGUCAUCGCCAAGGGCAAGCAAAUGCUGGCAGGCAAGGCGUUUCCGUUCCGUGUCUCGCUUGACGACCCAAGCGGCAACUCGUUUAUAACACCAGACAUGCGAGACGGCGUGGGCAAGUGGGAGAAGCGCGAGUACCUCCGAACUUCCGAGCAAAACGAAGCCCUCGGGCUCGCAGAUACGGCCACUGAGGGGCUUGACGAGGAUGGGAACAUCAUUCCCGAUCAAGUAUACGAGUUCCCUGCGGCGUGCCCGGGCUGCAUGCACCCGUGCACCACCAACAUGCAGAUGGUGGACAUUCCACAUUUCCGUCAGGUCAUCAUCAUGAGCACCAACUGCCAGGACUGUGGUUACAAAUCUAACGAUGUCAAGACAGGCGGUGAAAUCCCAGAGAAGGGUGUAAAGACAACGCUCAAAGUCAAGACGCCAAUCGACAUGGCCCGCGACAUUCUCAAGAGCGAGAGCUGUGCUCUCGAGGUGCCCGAGCUCGAUCUCUCAGUUAAUGCAGGAACGCUUGGCGGGCGCUUCACCACUGUCGAAGGGCUGCUCACGCAAGUCCGGAACGACCUCCAUAGCCAAAUAUUCCAGGGCGGGGACCAUAGCGGCGAUUCCUUGCGGUCCGAGGAGCGGGCACGGUGGGAUACCUUCUUCAAGGGCCUAGACGAGGCUAUCAAGAGUGAGCGCGAGUUUACUGUAAUACUCACGGAUCCGCUAGCGCAAAGCUAUGUACAGAGUCUUGCGGACGAUCCGGCAAAGCCCGACGACCAGAUGACGGUGGAGGAGUACGAGCGGACACCCGAGGAAGAGGAAGAGCUAGGCCUAGCAGACAUGAAGGUAGAGGGGUACGAGGAAAACGCCGAGCCGAAGGAAUGA